AUGUUUUUAAGAAGACGUUCCGUUCUUCAUCUUCUCCCCAAUUCCCACCUCAAAAUUUCCAUUUCCUCAUUCUGUUCCCAAUCACUCACAUUUCCCCAAAAUGAACAACAAUGGCUUCAAAGCUUUCAACACCUUCAGUCAUUAGCAGACCAAGGCCGCACAAAACCCGCUCAAACUAUCUUCAAAUCGCUUCUUCUCUCCAAUGCCCCUUACUCAUUUCCUUCGCAAAUUCACUCCCUCGUAUCCAAACCCAUCUUUCUAGAAACCCUCUUACCCUUUUGUUCUAAUCCCAAUACUAUCAACCGAGUCAUGGAAUUGUUCUAUUCCAUGAAAAAUGACGGCUUUGUCCUUCCCAUUUGUUUUACUAACUGUCUUCUCCAAACCCUUGUUCAUUCACACCAGUUCGAAAAAGCUCUUGCUCUUUUUAAUGACGCUGUUGAAUCGGGUAUUCGGCCCGAUGCUUUUUCGUAUAAAAAAGCCGUUUAUUCUGCUGUUAUGAUGAAGGAUUUAAAUAAGGGGUUUGAGUUGAUUGAUUCAAUGGAGAGAGAUGGGAUUCGUCCUUUUGUUUAUGUGUAUAAUUUGAUAUUGGGUGGGUUGUGUAAAGGGAAGAGAAUUAAGGAUGCACGGAAGAUGUUUGAUGAAAUGAUUGAUAGAAGUGUUGUUCCUAAUACGGUUACUUAUAAUACGCUUAUUGAUGGGUAUUGUAAGGUGGGUGAAAUAGAGGAAGCUUUUAGCUUGAGAGCUAGGAUGAAGGCUCCAUAUUCUGAGCCAAAUAUUGUUACUUACAAUUGCUUGUUAAGUGGUCUUUGUGGUUUGGGGAGAUUGGAAGAUGCAAAGAAGGUGUUAUUGGAGAUGGAGGGGAAUGGUUUUUUGCCCAAGGGGUUUUCGUGUCUUUUGUUUGAUGAUAAUUUUGUUUGUGCAAAUGAAAAUGGUUUGCUAGAGGGAAAUGGGACACAGGUUGAUGAGCGUACUUAUAGUGUUCUGUUGAAUGGAUUGUGCAGGGUAGGAAGGGUUGAAAAGGCUAAAGAGGUUUUGGCAAAGCUAGAAGAUAAUGGGGUUGUUCCAAGUCAGAUAUCAUAUAACAUACUGGUGAAUGCUUAUUGCCAAGAGGGUGACUUGAAUAGAGCUAUAUUGACUGUUGAAGAAAUGAUAAAACGAGGGUUGAGGCCUAGUUAUGUCACCUUCAAUACCCUGAUUAACAAAUUUUGUGAAACUGAGGAGUUGGACCAGGCAGAGAGAUGGGUUAAGAAGAUGAUAGAGAAGGGUGUUUCUCCCACUGUUGAGACAUAUAAUUCUUUGGUUAAUGGUUAUGGUAUGGUGUGUGAUUUUGUUAGGUGUUUUGAGAUUCUGGAGGAAAUGGAGAAGAAAGGGAUAAAGCCUAAUGUCAUAAGCUAUGGUUCUCUGAUAAACUGUCUGUGCAAAGAUCGUAAGCUUCUUGAUGCUGAGAUUGUGCUUGGAGAUAUGGUUGGUCGCGGUGUUUCUCCAAAUGUUGAAAUAUAUAAUAUGCUCAUUGAAGCUAGUUGCUCAUUGAGUAAACUGAAAGAUGCCUUCAGAUUUUUUGACGAAAUGAUAAAAAGUGGAAUAGAUGCAACUCUUGUGACAUACAAUACAUUGAUACAUGGAAUCGGGAAGAAUGGAAAGUUAGCAGAAGCUGAGAAUCUGUUUCUCCAGAUGAUCAGCAAGGGAUAUAAUCCAGAUGUGAUUACAUACAAUUCCUUAAUGUCUGGAUAUGCAAUGUCAGGAAACCCUAAGAAAUGCCUCGAAUUGUACCAUAAUAUGAAGAAGGGUGGCAUAAGACCUUCAAUUGGGACUUUUCAUCCUUUGAUCAAUUCAUGCAGGAAAGAAGGUGUUGUGACAAUGGAGAAAAUGUUUCAAGAAAUGUUAGGAAUGGACUUGAUUCCAGACCGAGCUGUAUAUAAUGAAAUGAUUUAUGGUUAUGCUGAAGAUGGAAAUGUUCUGAAAGCAAUGUCUUUGCACCAACAAAUGGCUGAUCAGGGAGUUGAUUCUGACAAGGUGACUUACAAUUGCUUGAUUCUAGCACACCUUAGAGAUAGAAGGGUCUCAGAAAUAAAGCAUCUUUUUGAUGAUAUGAAGGCAAAGGGUCUGGUUCCAAAAACUGAUACAUAUAAAAUUUUGGUUAAGGGACAUUGUGACUUAAAAGAUUUCAAUGGUGCCUAUUUUUGGUAUAGGAAAAUGUUUGAUGCUGGUUUCAUUUUAAAUGACCGCUUGUGCUAUGAGCUAAUAUCCGGGCUUAGAGAGGAGGGAAUGCUGCAGGAAGCCCAAAUUGUAUCCUUAGAGUUGAGUAGUAGAGUUCAACAACUUGAAGGCUAA